AUUGUCGUUCCAUUAACAGCAGAAGGGCUCUAGUGAGCUUGUGUCGUGUUUCUGCUAAUGUAAUCAGUCAAGGACUUGACCAUCUUUUAGAUGGCUAACAUGGAGAACUCAUACAUUUAUUGAUGUCUUCAAUUAUAAUUUUGGGUAUAGCUUCACUUAUGUUGCGCGUCGUUACUUCAAUUUCUAUCAGGAUAUCCCGAUGUUUUCGGUGGGUUAUAGCCUAUAGCCAGCAAAGAAGCCUAUCAGGUGUAAACGAUGCCGAGAAAUUCUGGGUUGCUCUCCUCGUCUCGUAUCCAUCCGAGGUCUUCGGAAAUUCAACAAGCGUUGUGAUGCCCCACACUAGAUCAAAAAAGGGGUUCGUUCUCCUUCAUAUGAUGAUGUCAUUGCUGUUAAUACAUAAUACCGUACUUAUUGACAAUUUGAGGCAUUUUGGCAUCCUGGCAUCCUAAUGGAAUUUCUGGUUCCAGGUCCCCCGGUAUUUCGGUGAUCUAGCUCUCGACAGAAGCUGGCAAAUUACAAGCAAUAGGACAAGAUCGUCGACCCCGCCCUUUUACUCCGCA